AUGGCUGGCAAGCCAAGCUAUACAAGGAAACAAAUUGAGUUUGUUCUCAUCCAUAUUCUCGACAAAGUAGCCCUGCAUAGGAUCAUCGAUGCCUUUAAGGAGACAUUUGGCCAGGAUGUGACCAUUGGGCAGAUUAAAUAUUUAAAGAGCAAGUACGGCAAAGAUCCAGACUUCGGGUCGCCUCUUCUUGAAGGACGUGUGAGGAUAGUGGAAGAACUGGCAACCUUGCUCAUGUCCAAUUUCGAGCAUUGGAACGCCCAAAAGAGCCACUAUCAAUCGUCGCAACAAGGAUAUGGCGAUCAAAUUGUACAAGGACACAGUUGCUUAUUAUCCGGCAACUCGCUGUCGUACACCUCACAUAAUACGGACGGACCGGAAACCUCGUGGGAUACCGUCGGAAGUCCUCAGCAGGGACAGACCAUGCCCAACGGUCAACUCAACAAGACCCAAGACAGCUAUCAACCAUUCGCCUCUCGGCAGCCAUCUUCGAAUACCCCACGACUCAGUCUGCAAGAUGAUCCAUGGCCUGGUCUUCCGUCAGGGGCUCAAUCUCAACUUUCAAUUUGGCCCGCACCGCAGGGCUCUGAGGAUCUACCACCUCCACCUUACUCUGAAGAUCAUCCAGGGCUGGGAAACACAAUUACAGCUUCGCAUAUCAGUACUACGGGAUCGAUCCCCGAUGGUAUAGACAAUAGUCUGUUCAAUAGUUCCUUCAACUCGAACUUAACAGCUCACGAGACCCAAGCCUUACAGCUAACUAUCGACGUGCCUCAAGCGAUGCCCGACGAAACCAGCAAUGGAAUUGGCCAGUGUGGCAAUACAUUCCAAGAGACCGCCGAAUACAAGAGCCACGAUGCGUCAACCACCGACACGAAUGUCGACCAGCAGUCAAGCUACAGCAGCGAUGCUCUAGAGCUGGUUCGCCGCACCCACGACCACGCAGCCUCACGAGGUGUUGGGGAGGGCUGGAGUUUCUUUGACGAGGCGGUGGCGUUCACUGAUUCACGGAAGGGGAGCAUUGGUGAGCAUGGCAAUCUCGACGAGGCCGAUACGCCCCUCGCAGCGGCUUUUACAGAUUCCGAAAUGGCUGGCGCAUACAUGGACUGA